CUGAGCAGAGAUAUGGAGAACAUCACCGUGGUGACAGAAUUUAUCCUAACCGGACUUUCUGAUCUCCCAGCUGUCCGCUUCUCCCUCUUUGUUGCCUUUUUGCUCAUCUACCUGAUCACCUUGGUGGGGAACGGCACCAUUCUUCUCGCCAUAGGAGCUGACUCUCACCUGCAAAACCCCAUGUAUUUCUUCCUGACUAACCUUUCCCUGCUGGACAUCUUCUGCCCCACAGCUACAGUGCCCAAGAUGCUAGAGAACCUCUUGUCAGAGAGAAAUACCAUUUCCUUUGUUGGCUGCGUGCUGCAACUCUACUUCCUGGUAGCUCUGGCAGGGACAGAGGUCUUCCUCUUGGCUGCCAUGGCUUAUGACCGCUACGUGGCCAUAUGCAACCCUCUGCGAUACACGGUCAUCAUGAGCAAGAAGCUGUGUCUUCAGAUGGUUGCUGGUACAUGGGUCACAGGGUUCCUCAACUCCUUGCUGCACACAGUCAUGACCUUUACUCUGCCUUAUUGCAAAUUGAACAGGGUUAAUCAAUAUUAUUGUGACAUCCCUCCAGUCUUGGCCUUAUCAUGUGCUUCUACUUAUGCAGCUGAGAUGGUUGUACUUAUUUUUGGUGGCAUCUUUGGUGUGGGGGCUUUUAUGGUGACGCUGGUCUCUUACAUCUACAUCAUCUCCACUAUCCUUAGGAUCCGUUCUGCCGAGGGGAAGCGCAAGGCAUUUUCCACCUGUGCCUCCCAUCUAAUUGUGGUGUGUCUCUUUUAUGGGACGACCAUCUUCACUUAUGCAAGGCCUACCUCCAGCCACCAUCCAGAUCAGGACAGGAUGGUGAGCAUGUUGUAUGGGGUGAUUACCCCCAUGUUGAACCCCUUGAUCUACAGCCUCAGGAACAAGGAGGUGAAAGGGGCCUUGAAAAGAGUAAUUGCUCAUAAACGCCCUUAA